UCGCGCACGUAGGAAAUAAUGACUUGCGGCGCAGUUGCAUUUGUAGUCUACAGAACGAGCGCUCGUUUAUUCAGUUAAAAUGAUUGGAUCCCAACAGUCUCUGAAUUAAGUUUUUCACGCCGCAUGGGAAUAUUUAUUUUCUGGAUCCCGGUUGAACUCUAUUCAUACUCGGUGUUGAGGAUUUGUUGAUUUUCGGAUACUUCUGGAAUCAUUAAAGGGACGCACGUUGAAGCAGAUUCGGUUCCUCUUCUUUCGAACGUCAGUUUCCGUACAUGGCCCCGUCAGAUACUUGAUGGCGAUGGCAACAGUUUUGUGGAACAUAACUGCUUGCAGUUUAUUAAACGGCACAUUUCACCAAGGACGUAUUCAAUGAGCGACUUCACAAGACGUGUCUGAACAUCCACAGAACCCCUUUUUCUGACAGGCGUUGUUGGUGUUCACAUUGCAUCGCAGUCAACAAGAAGAACGUGUAUGAUUCAGACAGUUCAAUCUCCCUUUGUAAAUAAGCGAUGACAUCUGUGUGGAAAAGAUUACAACGGCAUGGCAAAAAAGCCACAAAGUUUCAGUUUGUCGCUUCUUACCAAGAACUUGUCUUGGAGUGUACCAAAAAAUGGCAGCCAGACAAGCUGAGAGUGGUAUGGACCAGGAGGAAUCGACGCAUGUGCUCCAAGCUUCAUGGGUGGCAGCCGGGCAUCAAGAACCCGUACAGAGGCAUGGUGGUCUGGCCUGUGCCCGAGAACGUGGACAUCACCGUCACACUCUUCAAGGACCCUCAUUCAGAUGAAUAUGAAGAUAAAGACUGGACUUUUGUCCUUGAGAAUGAGUCGAAGGGCCACCGCAAGGUGCUGGCCUCGGCGGACAUCAACAUGAAGAAGUUUGCCAGCCCCACCCCCACGCAGACGGACCUGACGCUGAAGCUGAAGCCUCUGUCAGUGAAGGUGGUGGAGGCCACGCUGAAGCUCUCGCUCUCCUGCGUCUUCCUCCGCGAGGGCAAGGCCACAGAUGACGACAUGCAGAGCCUGGCCAGUCUGAUGAGCGUGAAGCCCUCGGACAUCGGCAACCUGGACGACUUCAACGAGAGCGAUGAGGAGGAAGACAGGAGGUCCAGCACAGGAGCUACCAUCGGCAGCGCAGCACGUCGUCUAUCUGGGUGCCCCGUGCACAGUCAAGAAAAGAAGUCUGCCUUUGUCAAGCCUCUGCCAAUAGCCAGUGAGAAAGGGAAGGUCAGCCAUGUUGCAGGCCCUUUCCGUCUCUCUGGCAAGUCGACUACUAACCCUGACAUGCCACCCCGCCCUCCGCUGCCCACCCCUCCAUCCCCGCGUGCCAUCUCAGCCGCCCGUGCCGGUGCCGGUGCCGGUGCCGGUGCCGGUUUCAGACCUCCGCGCCCUCUCCAGCCCCCAACGCAGUCCGCGCCGCGCCCCUCCCCUGACCUCCCCCGCUCCACCACAGCUGCCACUGGGGCACAGGCACAGCCCCCGGCACUGCCCAAAAUCUUCCAGUCCUCCCCUGGCAAAGUGCCUCCCUCUUUCCCUCGGAUGCCAGGCCCUGCAGACUCCGAGGCACCGGCCGGGGCCGCGGCUGUGGUGGCCCUUGACUAUCCCCAGAUCAGACCAGUGUCCUCCUCUGGCACGUCUGCCACCAAAUCCAAAUCUAAAUCUAAAUCCUCUUCCUCUCUUCCACUGUCUCAACCUCCUCCCUCGCUUCCUACUGCUGCCGCCUCUAAAGCUCGCUCCAACAUCUUCCAGCCCAAGAUAGUGACCCAGAACCUUCAGCCUCAGCGCCCCUCCUCCCCCUCCCCUGCUCCUCCUACUCCCCCCUCCUCGGGCUCCCUCUCUGAGCGCAGAAUCCCCCUGACCACCCUCUCCGAAAAAGCCCCCACGCUCUUGAAGAUCCUGGCCACCAACCCGGAGCCAGCGCUCGUCAAGCCAACCCAGAGGAAGAUGAGCAAUGACUCCUCCUCCUCCUCCUCCAUCCCUCCUCCCUCCACCUCUGGCCUCUCCCCUUCCUUCUUCUGCCCGCCUGCCCACAACUCCAUAGCGCCCAUCCCGCUCCUCACCAGCCCCAACCUGGAGGCCCUGUGCGACCCUUCUUGCUCCUCCUCCUCGCCCUCCCCUCCCACCUCCCCUGCCUCCUCUUUUCUCUCUCUCUCCCCUCCUCUCCCGUCCUCCCCUGAGCCGUGCGCUAUGUCCCCCUUGCCAGACCUCACCGGUGGAUCCACCCUCCCCUCCGCUGCCCUCCAUAGCCGUGUGCCUGCCGCCCCCUCUGUUUUGUCCUAUACCUAUUUCCCCAUAUCUGCCAUCCCAUCUGCCCCUGUCUCCACCUCUGCUGCUCCAGCUCCAGACCUGUCUCUCUCUGCUUCAGCUGCGCUUAGCUCUAAGCCUGUGUCUGCUACUGCCUCUGCUUCUGCUUCUGCCUAUGUUACUGCUGCUACUGCUACUUUUGCCAUCUCCCCUUCACAGUCCAGUCAUGCCCUGUCAGACAUGCACAGGGAACUGGGCACAUUAACAGAAGAGGAACAACCAGCUUCACCAACUACAGACUUCAAGAGUUCUGGAGCCCAGGGUCCUUUGACACUGAGACAUGGAGAUGAGUCUCCUCGAGCCUCCCGUGCCAUCGGCAGCAUCGACACUGCCAACCAGACCCCCUCGCCGCCGUCCUUCACCAGCACGAGCACCACACAUGUCACCAUAGACACAACCAAAGGCCUUGGGCAGGGAGGUUGUCCGGCAGCUGAGGUCCAGUCACCCAAAACGAUCCCGCCUGACGUCCCCCCAGCGCCUUGGCCUUUCUCAUCCCCUGAGCCGGCACCAACUGUGACCCCCCCAGCCACCACCACCACCGCGUCCCUGUCUCAGAAGGCCCCCAUGACCGUCCCAAGCCACGCUGAUGUCUUUGUGGCAGAAAAGCCACCAUUGGCGGAGGAAGAAGAUGAUUUCAAAGAGCCGAUCAUAGACAUACCAAGUAAACCUAUUGACACUGACAAAAAGAAAGUGUCAUCAUCACCACCACAGAAAUCGUUCUUUGUUGCAGAAAAGCCAAGCAAACCAGUCGAAACUGAGAAAAAAGUAUCAUCCCCACAGAAAUCACCCUUCGUUGCAGAAAAGCCGCCACUGGCUGAGCAUGAACCAGACCUUAAGACAGCUGAUCAUGAAGUAAAAGAGAGCCCUGUUCAGACUGGACUACCAUUAGUGUCACAGAGUACUAAGGACGAUAUCAACCAGUUUGGAAUUUCUGUGGGAAUGAAAGUAGAUAAAUCGAUCCCUGAGAGAGUAGACACGUGUCCUGAUCUCAACAGAUCAGAUGAGGAUAAGGAAAAGAUGAAAAGCCUCUCGUCGUUUUCCGCCACAGAGGAGCCUAGCAUUCCUGUGCCUAUGGUAGCAUCUCCCCACCAGAAGGAUACAGCUCAAAACAUCUCAAAAGAAACACGGCCACCUUGGGUUGAAGAAAUAUCUCGUGAUGGCGAUGGAAAACUCCCUAAGAAAGACAGUGAUCACAGACCCCAGCACUUUGCUCAGUUCCCCAUGGCCCAGUUUGACGCAAAAGUGGCCGAACACAUAAAUGCAAAUGACAACAGCCGCACACUGGACAUGAUGGCAGGACGCCUGGAGAAGAAAGAUGAGGAACAGAAGAAGGCAGUCGUUAAUGUGACUGACAAAGGCGCAAAAGAAAAGACUGCAGCAGUUAAACCCCUUCCAGUGCAAAGCAAACAGGGUGCUAGAAAAAGUAUGGAAAAGCCCCAAAAAAGUCCAGAGCUGCCAGAACUGGCAGUCCAAACUGAAAAGCCCACUCAACCCAAAACGAGAGACACAGAUGCUGGCAAUUUACCCAAACUCCAGGGAAUUCCAGCCCUGGCCACAGAAUCAAUGCCAGAGAAACAACAGCAAACAGAGCCAGCUCCGAGUGAGGUCAGCACUAAACACUCAGUGAAAGGCAAACCAAAAGCAGUCAAUUUGGACAUGCUAGCCCCUAAACAUGAGGCGGUCUGUGCUGAACGGCCUCUUUGGGCUGCGCUGGAAGUGAAGAGUAAGGACUCUGUGCCAGCAUCGAUAAUUAGGGAGACUGUUCCUGAGGUGCAGCCUGUUGUUGAUAAAGAGGAGAGGGUGGAUGGGGCCUCGACUCUGGCAGAACUGGAAUCCAUAGAAACAAGACCGAUCAAAUCCAAGCCUGUCCAAAAGCCUGGCCUCAAGGAAGAAGUGGACAAAGUUGACAGCGACUUGAAAGACUUCAAACCCUCAAAGUCUGCUCCACUGAAGAUCACAUCCUCAACAUCUGAUACCCAACCCUCUGCUGGGCCUGGGCCCCAACGGCUUAUUCCCAAAGCCAGUCCUAAAACAGCAAAGGUUGAGAGUGACCUGAAAGACAUCAAACCCCCAAAGUCUGGUUCACUGAAGCUCAUAUCCCCAGUAUCUGAUCAGCCAUCUACAGUGUCACAACCGCUUACUCCCAAAGCUAGUUCUAAGACAGCAAAGGUUGACAGUGACCUGAAAGACAUCAAACCCUCAAAGUCUGGUUCACUGAAUCUCAUAUCCCCAGUAUCUGAUCAGCCAUCUACUGGGUCACAACGGCUUACUCCCAAAGCUAGUCCCAAAACAGCAAAGCUGCCAUUUGGUACUCUAUUACCCGCAAGUGGUAAUUUGCCUCAUACAGUUGAAGCAGAUGAUAGUGAGCCAGAGUUUGAGGACCUCAAGCCCCUUCACAUAGAGGAAGCUCCCAUUGAGGCGGAGGUUAAUUUUUGGGCAGCUUUAGAAGACACAGUCACGGAAAGCUCCAAAGAAGUGAAAGGAGCAGGCUUACUGGAGCCUACCAUUGUUUCUGAUACCAGUGUUGCCGGAGGGGGCACAUCUGAACAAGACAAAGAACAUCACAUGAAGACAAGAAAGAAGUCUUGUCCUAUCUCAACACCUUUGGAUGAAUUAGACAAACAUAUACCCAAAGCCCCUGUGACAAGUGAAGUUCCAUCUAGCAGUGCUCUACCAAGUAAUAGUCAGACCACUUCAUACAUCAGCGAAGUUCCAUCUAGCAGUGCUCUACCAAGCCCUAGUCAGACAACUUCAUACUUUGAACUGUCAGUCGACAAACUGUUGCCAGAAUCCACAGACAAACCCAAUAAAACCUUGUCUGAGCAAGGUCUUCCAUCCGAAGACUUAAAAGCUAAUUUUGAACCCAAUGAUGAGACUAGCCAUCGAAGAAGCAGUUAUGGAGAGUUUAUGGGAGGGGGGCUGGACACAGAAGUGCCAAACUACAUGGGUUCAUCAGAGGACUUGUACUUCCCAGCCAGGGAAGAUGAUGUGUCUCCGUUGCCCCCCAGUUUCAUGAGCACCCUUGUGGGCGUCCUCUAUAAAGGUUAUGAGACGGUGACCUCCAUACUCCAGCAGGUCCCCUCUGAGCCUGACCGCGUCAGUCUCUCUGGGUCAAGCAUUCACGAGAGCACAGAGCUAGACCUACUCCCACCAGAGGAGUUCUGUGAUGCUCUGGAGGCACUGUCUGAAGAUGAAUGGCUAGAACCUCCAGAUGUGCUGCCAUCUGUAGUCAAGGAGCGAAGUGCCCAGAAGACCAAGCUAGUUUCAACUGUUGGACGUCCCUCCCUGAUGCUAGCGGAAAACUUGCGAAAAGCUGCCUCAGACGAAGAGAAAGUCCAAACGGGCUCGCAUCGUCGAGAACUCAGUGAUGAUGAGAAGAAGACAUCUGCUGCCACGCCAAAAGGAGACACAGAAAUGUCCAAUACGUGCUCUGCAAAGGCGGAAUCUUGGCUCUCUCAGACAGGAACAGACCCUGAUGUCAAAGACACAACAUCUUACCAGAAACAUACCAUGGGCAGCAGCAGAAGAAGCAAAGAGAAGGAAGACAAACUUAUACGUGUCCCGUCCAGCAACAGCUUGGAUACCUGGACAGAGGAUGUGGAGUUUGCAGAAGGCCAAGAGGACAUUGGCACAGUUUGGGAGCUGGAUUUGUACAUGGAUAGGGGCCCAGAGGAAAGCCCUGAGCCCCCUGCACCUCAACUUGAACCCGUUUCCCCCAUUCCCACCGCCCCCUCAUCAGAACAAAAGCCACCAUCACCUGAGCAGAAUGUGGAAUGGUCACAAAUGGUGAAAAUGGCCAGAUCAGAUUCCCAGAUCAAAACGGUCAGGCCAGAAGAGAACUCCCAAAACUCCUCAUACAUAUCAAGUAAAGAAAAGCCCCAGUCACAACCAGAGAGCACUGUCAGUGUUUCAUCUGAAGCGGAUAAACAGAAUGACGCAAAAACAACGCCAAUUCCAGUUCCUCUUCAGGAGGAGGAGGGGCGCAGUAGAACUGAAAAGGCUAGCAGGCCCGCUCAAGAACCCGAGGAACUAGCUCCAGCUCAGGGUAGCAAAAAGCCCAGCAAAACAGACUCUUUAAACCAAGACACAGAAAUCUUGCCAGAAGCUGGUAUUCGGCCUACUAAAGCAGCCACUAAAGGUACUAAGAAAGAAAGCAGUGAAAAGGGCAGCGGCACAUCCGAGGCAGCAGCAACAGUAAAUCAAGUGGAGACAGAAGCAGAGGCCAGGCGAUCCCCCAUCCUCGCCAUGGCAACCACGCCCUUGGCCAGCGUGCUCGUCACAGCCCGAGAGGCCCACGAAGAACACACAUUCCAAGAGGGCAUGCAGGAAGAGGAUAAGGAAGAGGAGGCUGUGUCAGGGAACGAUGCCCCUCCAAAGAGCUCGGUCGUGCCCUGGCCUCUCCCGCCCUCUCAGUCCUCAGAAUCCGAGCCCACCACAGGCGAAGUAGAGGAGGAGGCACCUGCUAGUAGGGACAACACCUCUUCUAGAGAUGCCUCUUCCCCCAGGGUCACGUCCUCCUCCUCCCCCAGGCUCACCUCCCCCUCCAGGCUGUCCGAGGAGGAGAGCGUCCUGCUGGCCAAGAUCCUUCAGAUGGGGCAGGACUCCCCGGAGCCCAGCGCCCGCACCAGGAAGCGUCUCGCUUACAUCGCCCCAGACGUCGCCCCCACUCCGAGCCCGACACCCACACCGACGCCAGAGCCGGAUACUCAGCCUGACCACGAUGAGACAGACACGUCUCCUGCUCCCACAACACCUACAGUCACUGAGGGAAAAGAGGAUGAAGUUGUGUCGAAUUCAACUAUUCGUCAAGAGACAAGCAAAGAUGGUGGGCAUGAGUGCACAAUGCUUGUGACAGUUGAGAGGGAGCCACCCGAAGUCAAACUCCUCGAGCCCUCUCUCUCGACUCCAGAUCUGCUGCUGAACACCAUAGCUGUGGUGCCUGUGCCAGAGCCGCCAUCGCUGGAGAAAACCCCCAGUGACAUAACUCCACCUCCACCACCUCCAACGCCUCAGAUCACAGCGGAAGCAGGCCUCGGUUCAGAACAGGCCGCAGAUGUUGUUGUUGCCAUGGCCGCUUCAGAAAUGAGCAGCGGCGCUGAGGCAAGAGCCAGUUCUGAACCAGACGUGCAGAUUUGUCCCAGCGGCGAGAGCUUGUCGGGAGACAAGGAGCAGAAGCAGAAGCAGGAGCAGGAGUCAGGGGCUGAAGUGGGUGAUGCGAGGGAAGAGGAAAAUCAGUUAGAGAAGCAGGAAGAAAGUCAAUCUGUUGCUGCAAAUAUCGCGGAAGACUUGUCACUGCAGGUGAUCAAAGAGGAAGCCCCUGAACCACAGGUUGCCUCUGGCCCCGAUGCACCAUCGAGUCCCACCGUGGCUGAGCCACAAACCAAUGGCCAGGUUCCACUGGAUACGACUCCCGCCAUCACAGAUGCUGCCCCGCCAAGCGAGGAGGCUCCCAGGCGCAGCAAGAAGGGCAUCCCUCCGCCUGUCGUGCUUCCAGAUGAGGGCAUCACCACAGGACCCUCUGCCCAGCAGAUUCCUCCACCAUUGCCCAGCCCGUGCUUGGUGAACUCCAGCAAGUCCCUUCUGGAGUGGUGCCAGGAGGUCACCCAGGACUACAAGGGCGUCAAGGUCACCAACUUCAGCACCUCGUGGCGGAACGGCCUGGCCUUCUGUGCCAUCCUCCACCACUUUCACCCUGAUAAAAUAAACUUUGAAAUGCUGGACCCUUAUGAGAUCAAAUCUAACAACAAGAAGGCUUUCGACGGCUUCGCCGCUCUCGGCAUCGCCCGGCUUCUGGAACCCUCGGACAUGGUCCACCAGGCCGUUCCGGACCGGCUGAUCGUCAUGACGUACCUCUGCCAGAUCCGCGCCCACUUCACCGGCCAGGAGCUGAGCGUCCUGCAGAUCGAGAAGAACAGCAGCCAGACCAGCUACACCGUGGCGGAGAGCGGCAAGGAGCACGACGCCGACGCCACGGCCCGCUUCUGCGCCGAGCGACUUCAGGCCGGCGCGGUCAUAGCGGACGCCAACGGGAAGGCGGUUGAGACGGGCGACGGUACCGACGGGACAUCCAAGCCGGCCCUGGUGGCUCCGCCACGGACUAAGCGCUUAAGCUCGAGGGAGGAUAAGGGUGGUAGUAGGGAUGGGGGUGAGAAGGCUGGGGAGGCCCAGACGCCGGUGGCCCCUCCGAGGCCAAACGCCUCCGCUGCCAAGUCGGGAUUCGGUCACGUGCGAGACGCUGACCUCAUGAAGAAGCGGCGUAGGAUGAAGAGCGAGUCCAGCCUGGAUGAGACAGACAACAUAGAGGGAGGAGAGGCUCCUAAAGACGGGACAACUGGAGAGGGGAAAAAUGGCUUCACUGCUGGGAAAGACUCCACAGAGCACAGCAAGGACAGGAGAGAGGCGGAUGAAGAGACGCCGCGCCUCCAGGACACCAGUCAGUACGUGGUGAGUGAACUGAGGGCCCUGGAGAGUGAGCAGAGGCACAUCGACAACAGGGCUGCCAUCGUGGAGAGGAGGCUACGCUGGCUGAUGGAGACAGGUAGCGAUCGUGACGAAGAAGAGAGACUUAUCCAGGAGUGGUUCAUUCUUGUAAACAAGAAAAACGCCCUGAUCAGAAGACAAGACAACCUGGAACUCUUGCAAGAGGAACAGGAUUUGGAGAGGCGGUUUGAACUGCUGACCAGGGAACUCAGAGCCAUGAUGGCUGUGGAAGAUUGGCAGAAGACCCAGGCCCAGCAGCACAGGGAGCAGCUGCUUCUACAGGAGCUGGUGUCACUGGUGAACCAGAGAGACGAACUCGUACGGGACAUGGACGCUAAAGAGAGAGGGGCCGUGGAGGAGGAUGAGCGCUUGGAGCGAGGCCUGGAGCAGAGGCGACAGAAAUACAACAACAAGGACAAAUGUGUGCUGCAAUAAAGGGACUACUAUGGAGAGCAGAAUGUGAAAAAAGUUCUGUGUUAUCAUCCCUUGGAUGCCUGGUGGACUAUAAUCUCUCACAUCUUCG